AUGCUGAAGGCGGACGAGGCGCGUGCACGGAGGGAGGCGGAGAAACAAGCAGUUCUACUCGCAUCAGGAAAUCCAGGCUGGUAUGUCGACGUGGGAGAUGAGCAGCUCUGCAGGAAAGCAGCAAGCAUCGGUCACCUCGAGGUCCUUCAGUGGGCAAGAAACAACGGGUGCCCCUGGGACGAGACCACGUGCUGGUGGGCGGCUGCCAACGGACACCUUGAGGUCCUCAAGUGGGCGAGAAACAACGGAUGCCCCUGGGACGAGAACACGUGCUUUACGGCGGCUGCCUACGGACAUCUCGAGGUCCUUCAGAGGGCGAGAAGCAACGGAUGCCCCUGGGACGAGAACACGUGCCAUAAGGCGGCUGCCUACGGACAUCUCGAGGUCCUUGAGUGGGCAAGAAACAACGGAUGCCCCUGGGACGAGACCACGUGCUCUGAGGCGGCUUACAACGGACGUCUCGAGGUCCUCCAGUGGGCGAGAAGCAACGGAUGCCCCUGGGACGAGAGCACGUGCUGGUGGGCGGCUGCCGACGGACAUCUCGAGGUCCUCCAGUGGGCGAGAAGCAACGGAUGCCCCUGGGACGAGGACACGUGCUGGUGGGCGGCUGGCCACGGACAUCUCGAGGUCCUUCAGUGGGCGAGAAACAACGGAUGCCCCUGGGACGAGACCACGUGCUCUGAGGCGGCUGCCAACGGACAUCUCGAGGUCCUUCAGUGGGCGGCUGCCAACGGACAUCUCGAGGUCCUUCAAUGGGCAAGAAACAAUGGAUGCCCCUGGAACGAGACCACGUGCUGGUGGGCGGCUUACAACGGACACCUUGAGGUCCUCCAAUGGGCAAGGAACAACGGAUGCUCCUGGAACGAGGCGACAUGCUCUGAAUCGGCUAAGAACGGACACCUUGAGGUCCUUCAGUGGGCUAGAAACAACGGAUGCCCCUGGGACGAGACCACGUGCUCUAAGGCGGCUGCCAACGGACAUCUUGAGGUCCCUAAGUGGACGAGAAGCAACGGAUGCCCCUGGGACAGGGACGAUUGCCUAGACCGGGCUGAAGGAUCACACGAUCACGUAUGUGCAUGGAUAAGAAACAACUAA